CAGAGACCGGCAGCACAAGGCAGCAGCAUGUCUGUUUCUAUCUGACGACUCUUGGAUCUCCCCGAACACAGCUGCCGGGCUGCUGCUGCUGCCGACUUGUGUGCAGAUCGGCUCACUCAGUGAGGGAGCGCCUGAGCGCAUAGUAUACACCAGAGUUUACCAGUGGCUAUGCAUGUUCAACUCUACUGGUUUUCAUAGCACUACCGCACGUGUGAGAAGAUUUAACCAGCUUCGCACUGGACCUGACUCUACACCCAUGAUCCCCAGCCAACCCUGGCAUACCCUCUCAUUAAGAUGGGAAAUGCCUCCGAAACAUUUCUGCUCAUGUCUAAAAUAUCAAAAGACAAUGACUUCAUCAUGGGAACUCUCUACACCAUUUUUGGUGUGCUGUCGGUGCUUGGGAAUGGCAUCCUGCUGUUCGUGGCCUAUAGAAAGAAGUCCUCCUUGAAGCCAGCAGAGUUCUUUGUGGUAAACCUGUCCAUCAGUGACCUGAGCAUGACCGUAACCUUGUUUCCACUUGCAAUACCUUCAACCUACACACACAUGUGGUUGUUUAAUAAGACAGCCUGUACUGUGUAUGCCUUUUGUGGUGUUUUGUUUGGCCUGUGCAGUCUGACCAACCUAACGGUGCUCUCCUGUGUCUGCUGGCUCAAGGUCUGCUGUCCUAACUACGGUAACAAGUUUUCAUAUGUCCAUGCAUGCCUGCUGGUUGCAGGCAUCUGGUGCUACGCUGGAGUCUUUGCUGUCGGUCCCCUGUCGGGCUGGGGAGAGUACGGGCCUGAGCCUUAUGGUACAGCAUGCUGCAUCAACUGGCAUGCACCGAACUAUAAUUCUGCAGCUAUGAGCUACAUCAUCUGUCUCUUCUUCUUCUGCUAUAUUUUGCCCUGCACUAUAAUUUUUCUCUCCUACACAUUCAUCCUGCUGACUGUCCGUGGCUCACACCAGGCUGUACAGCAGCACAUGUCCCCACAGAACAAGAUCACCAAUGCACAAACGCUUAUCGUUAAGCUUUCAGUGGCAGUUUGCAUCGGUUUCCUGACAGCAUGGAGUCCAUAUGCUAUUGUGUCCAUGUGGGCAGCGUUUGGUAACUCAACAACUGUACCACCUAUAGCUUUUGCUGUGGCAGCUAUCUUUGCCAAGUCCUCCACCCUUUACAACCCUAUUGUCUACCUGGCUUUCAAGCCCAAUUUUCGCAAGUCCUUGUGUCGAGAUGUGGCGAAUUGCAGAAGGAGACUCUGUGGAUGUUUGUGCCAGGGUGACUCUGCAGAGAAGGGAAUUUGCAGGCAGUCCCAUCACAAAGAAGAAUGCAACUCUACAAGGUUAUCCAAUGGGUUACCAGAGAACCACAGGACCUGCAGACACUGUCCUUGCCCAGAAACAGACAACGGUAAUAGAGAAAAUUUUAUAGACUACAGUCCUCAGCAAACCGCCAGGAUACUUCAAGGAUCCGUACACAGUGAAGUGGCUGUCAGCCAGCUCUCCAAUGAGAUGCAGAGUGACUUCCUCUAGAGGAACAAGUGGAACUAGACAACAAGUCACUGUAAAAAUGAAGUAUGAAGCAAAAAGUGGCACGAAUGAAGCCCAAAUAACAGUAAAUGCAAGUUGGGGGGAAAGUGAAAAUGUAAUCAAAAACAAAAAUGGUAAGACUGAUUAAAAAAAAAAAGUUUAAAACUACUUUCAUGCCUCAAAUAUGUGAUACUGCCAAAAAAAAAAAAAAAAGUGGUUAAAAGCCAAUACAGGAGGAUAAGCAAGCCAAACAUUUCACUGGUGUGUGCAUCAGCAUUUUAUCAGGUCAAAUUAACAAGUGUCAGCAACUAUCUGAUCGGUUCGAGUGUAAACUCAGACUCAACUAACCAAGACUGAAGAGUCACCAUGCAAGUCAUUUUACGCUGGACUUGGAGGGAGGAACUGACGAUGAAACUUCCUACUCCCUGAACCACAUUUUAUCUCUUUAUUACGAGUACUGUAUUUAAAUAUUAUGUAUUUAUGUAUGCCUCAAAUUGAAGGACCACAGGGUUAUUGUUGUUGUUGUCUUUGUUGUUGUAUCUAAAAUGAAAAGAGUGCUUUCACCUCAUUGUCGAGGACAAAUCAAAACCUCUACUCCUAUAGUUAAAGUAAACACUUUGGGUGUUAAUACAAAGCACUUAGGGAAAGAUUUGGCUUGGUGAGCCACCUUUUUGUCCAGAAGGUAUAUCUGCAGGGAGGAGAUGUUGUCUUCAAUUUACAUUUUUCCUAGUCACCUCUGUCCAGGCAAGAAGAUCGUGUUGGAGUGGAGAGUGUCAGCUGUUUAGGCAUUUCAGCCUUUUUUAUAGUAAGCCCUUUUUCAGUGACUCAAAAGUAAUUGGACUAACUAACAUAAUUUUAUUGUUUUCAAUACUUUGAUGAAAAUACUUUGCAGUCAAUCAUUGCCUGAAAUC